AUGCCUCAAUUUACACAACUCUUCACCGCGGCCCUCGCCGUCGCGAGCACCACCGCCUCGUCCGUCAUCGACCUCACGCCCAAGAACUUCGAUUCCGUCAUCCUGAAGUCUGGCAAACCCGCCCUUGUCGAGUUCUUCGCCCCCUGGUGCGGCCACUGCAAGAACCUCGCGCCCGUCUACGAAGAGCUCGCCUCGUCGUUCGAAUUCGCAAAGGACAAGGUCGUCAUCGCCAAAGUCGACGCCGACGCUGAGAAAGAGCUUGGCAAGAAGUACGGCAUCCAGGGUUUCCCGACGUUGAAGUGGUUCAAUGGCGAUGGAGGCAAAAGCGAACCAGAGGACUAUAAGAGUGGUCGGGACUUGGAGAGCUUGACGGCGUUCAUCACGGAGAAGACUGGUGUCAAGCCAAAGGCUGCCAAGAAGCCUGAGAGCAAGGUCCAGCAAUUGACUGAUUUGAACUGGGAUAACGAGGUUGGCGUUGAGAAGGAUGUCCUUGUUGCAUUCACUGCGCCAUGGUGCGGUCACUGCAAGAGCCUGAAGCCCACCUGGGAGAAGGUUGCCCAAGACUUCGCCGCCGAAUCCAAUGUCUCCAUCGGUCUCGUCGACUGCGAAGGUGAAACCUCCAAAGCCACCGCCGAGCGCUACGGCGUCAAGUCCUACCCUACCAUCAAAUUCUUCCCCAAGGGAACCCAAGACGGCGAAGCCUACUCUGGUGGCCGCUCGGAAGCCGAUCUCGUCACCUUCAUUAACGAGAAGGCCGGCACCCACCGCGCCGCAGGCGGUCUCCUCGAUGCCGCAGCCGGCGUCAUCCCCAGCCUCGACUCUGCCGUGGAGGCCAUUCGAACGAACGGUGGUGACAAGGCUUACAACGAGUUCUACAAGCAGGCUGGCAAGGCGCAGGACAAGUAUGCAGAGUACUACACCAAGGUUGGCAAGAAGGUGCAGGAGAACGCCGACUAUGUUUCGAAGGAGUUGACGCGGUUGCAAGGCUUGAUCGCCAAGGGCAACCUCGCGCCUGAGAAGUUGGAUGACCUGAUCAGCAGGAGCAACAUCUUGAAGGUCUUCAAGGGCGAGGAAGCAGAGGCCAAGGAGGAGUUGUAG